AUGCGUAGUAUCAUUAUCCGGCAGUUCCGGUUUCUUUCACGGUACCUGGAGCCCGAAUUUGCGAGAGAUCCAAAUUUGGUAAACAGUCGUUCUCGCGAAAAACUCCAGCGACUGUCGCAUUCUCAGUUCAAUGAGCUUCUUACCGAUGUUUCUGACGAGCUCCAUAGACGGAUAAACAACGAUCCUAACAUUCCUCAUCUGCCUUCUGUCGACACAUUCCAUCCUAAACGGAACCAUGCUCGACAAAAAAUGUCCACACUCGCUCCUCUUCGACUUCGGGAUCUUUGUAUCGAUGUCUUCUUCGAACUUCAAACUCGUUAUCCAGCCGUAGUUGCAGAGUCGCCCAGCAAUGUUAGCAGCUCAUCUUUGCCAAAUUCCAGCGGCGCUCCGCGAACUCCUACCAAUGCUACUGCCAGCAAUGCAUCAACAGCUUCUUUAGGGAAAGCAUCUUCGCCGCAGUACAUGCCUGCGACAACUGCAAUUAACACAAAUCAACCUCCUAGACUUCCUACGCCUUCAUCUUCGUCACCUUCCGUCUCUAAUAUGCCUCAUCGUCUUCCCAAAGCUCCUCACGGUCGUGAAGAUGUCUCUAUUGAGAGCUCCUACAUGACUUCGCCCACAGCAUCUCCCAGUCAGCAACAAGCUAUUCCGGUGCGCAGUGAAUCGCCAACGAAGUUUUUGAGUAGAAUUGAGCUGUUGGAGAGCAACUUGGCCAAAGCUAACUCGCUUUUGGAUGCCAACAAGGCAGAGAUGGAAGCAAUGACAAGACAGCACACUGCUGACCAAGCCAAACACAAGAACGAGUUGUUUCAGCUGGAAGACAAACUGCACGAGGCUGUACACGAAAAGACGACCUUGUCUUCACAAUUGGAAGCUGCGCAGAAAAAGAUUGAAGAGCUCACGAAGGAGGUUGAGAAGGUGAACGCUGCUGCGGAAGAGAGACAAACCAAACGCGGGAACAUGGAGCUGGAAGAGCAUCUUUCACAAAUGCGUAUGUUAAUUCAAGCCGAAAGUAAGCAUUUGAAUGAACUUGACGAGAUGCAAUCCCAAUUGGAACGGGUUAAACGUGAGUCGUUCCAAUGGAAAGAAAAAUACUAUCAAGUCAAGCUUCAAAAUGAAUCUGCUUCCAAGGUUGAUGCGACGGCUUGCCUCUUCCAAAACCCUCCGGUUUCGCCAGAAACGUUGGACAAGUGCACUAGCGAUGAUGGUGUUUUCAACAGAAAGGACUUCGUGCGUUAUCUAUUUGAGAUGAACGAGUUUAUUGCAGCAACUCGUUCGGAAAACUCCAGCCAACUACUCACUAAAAUGAAGUCCUUGGCCAUAGUGCUUGAUACCCUUGCUACCCAGGCUCGGGAAAAGUCAUUCGCAGAUUCUUCAGAGCUGAUGAAGCAUAUGGAUGAAGUUUACAUCCACGCAGAUACUCUCAUGUUGCAAGUACGCAACUUUGCCAUCAACAAGGGAUUGACGCCCUUGCUCCAUAUUGAUGCAACUGCCUACACUUUGAGCAGCGUUCUUAUUAAUAUUGUCAAGCAGCACCAGCUGCAUCCAGACGAAAUGACAAGAUCGUCUCGUGGAGAUGGUACUCGUGCGGUGAACCAAGUGGAAACCUUGUCCCAUGUGAAAGAAAUAGUAAGCAAGGAAACCGAUAACCUUGUUGCUGGUGUUCAAGCGCUCGUCGAUUCUGUGCAUGAGCAUCGCUCCCAGGCUGAUGUGUAUGAAGGUGUGCGAAAUAUAGCCGCCAUCGUUCGUGAUGUUUUGUUCGAUAUCACUCCAUUGGUCAAUCAAGUAUCUGCAUUUGUAGAUGCUUCUACCGUCCACGACACACUUAAAGCACUUCGUGACAACAGACUUCGCCUACUGGAUGCCCAAGACUUCGACAAAGAACAAUCCAAUACUCAACUACCAGACAUUGCUAUUGCUACUGUUGCUGCGUACAAGCAAUUAUUGCGGCUGAUUGAUGACGCUGAGUUCCAAGCACAGUUUGGAAAACCUAGCUCAUAG